AUGGCACAUCUACGAACAGCAGUACCUGCUCUCUCAGCAGCUCCACGCCACUACCUCUUCACCCGUUCCACUGCCGUCCAAAUAACUCGCCGCUCUCUCACCACCACAAGCACACGACACUCAGACUCAAACAACUCUUCCUUCUUCGGUGGCGGCGCAGCUCCACCCCGUCUGCCAAAGGAGGAACAAGAGAUCUUCGAAGCUCUCCAGCGCCAGUCAACAGGUGCCUUCAGCACGCCUCGAGCACCACCAAAGAUCAAUCAAAGUCCAGACUCGACACCUUCAGAGGUUGAUGAAGCCGAAGAAGAAAGCGCCAGUCGUGCAGGCAACAUGGCUACAAAGGCGCAGCAGAAGGAGUUUAAGAAAGAGUUUGAGAGGGUGUUGGAUGCGAGAAUACAAGCGCAAGGAAAGGGCGAGGAGUUGCAUCCCAAUGUGAGGAGGGGAGCAUUGCCAGAGUUUGAGGGUGACGUGAAUCCCAAAACAGGCGAGGUUGGAGGACCAAAGAAUGAGCCGUUGAGAUGGGGUGCUUCUGGGGAAUGGAGCUAUAAUGGAAGAGCGACUGAUUUCUAG